AAUAGGGAGAGGAUUCCAAGAGAAAUCAUAUUUGAGAUUUCUACCACGAAGGGAGUGCAAUUAGUAGAAAGAUACUUGAUGUCAAUAACUCCUGCCAACAACAAAAGCUCAUAUCCUACUCAAGAUCAAGUCAUACAUAUGUUAAUUGAUAUUUUGGAACAUUUGAAACCUAUUCCAAUCCCAAGGACUAUCAUUAUGUACUUGCAGUUUGAAGACAAGAUCAAGUUACUGCCAAAUGAUUUGUUCGAAUCAUGUUCAUCAGAAGAUUUGACGAUUAAGUCUCAUCCUCCACAUUUUUUUUAUCAUCUAGGCGCAAUACGGUUUGAUAGUCUUGUUGUAACACUACGGGUUUUGAGCUAUUAUGCUCCAGGUCUUUGCAUUCGUCGACUUAAGUUUGGACCCCGUAAAAAUUAUUCAGGAAAGGAUAUAAGGAGCACCAUUAUGGGAUGGCUUCAAUUGCGGACAAUUGACUACUUUCAAAUUAUAGAUAUCCUUAAUGAAGUUAAUUGCAAAUGUUUGGAGGACAUAGAAGUAACAUUAAAGGAGCUUGUGGAAAAAGGAAUACUCGUCGAGAAGAAACCCGAUCUUUACAUGAUACAACGUGAGCAGUUGCCCCAACCAAUUCAUAAUGAUUUCAUUGUCGAAGACUUGAAGGAUGAAUAUAAAAAAGAUGAUGAAAUUAUUCUUUAUAAUUACAAGGUUGUGAAAGGAAUUGAUUUCUAAGGGUCAUACACUCUUUGUGUUACUAAGUUUGGCAAAUGCAAGGAAAAAAAAAAUGUCUGUUCAGA